AUUUCAUUUUUCAUAAAAUGAUUUUUAAAUUUAAUGUGUUUUCUAGCAUACAAGAAGGUUAUUCAAUUAUGUCUUUUACCUGUGAUAAUACGGGUCGUUUAGCUCUUCUCAAUGUAGCAACUCAGGGUGUACAUUUAUGGGAUUUAGAAGAUAAAGUUUUAGUUAGAAAAUUUCAAGGUGUUACGCAAGGUUAUUACACAAUUCAUUCUUGUUUUGGGGGAAUAAAUCAAGUAUUUAUAGCAAGUGGUAGUGAAGACAAUAAAGUAUAUGUAUGGCACAUAAAACGUGAAGUGCCAAUUGCAGUUCUUGUUGGCCACACCCGUACUGUAAACUGUGUUGCAUGGAAUCCUACUUAUCCUAGUAUGUUAGCAAGUGCAUCUGAUGAUGGUACUAUACGUAUCUGGGGACCAGCAGAAAGGUAUCGCGUAAAAGAACAAUCGUCGAGUAACUCCGACACGGGUGUAUAAUAAAAGGAGUGCACUAGUUUGAUUUCUAUUAAUUCACUCAACAUUUUGGGGCCUUUGAAGAAUGCAACCGACGUUAAAUCGAGUGGCAUUCCCACCUCUGUUUCGAUCCAUUUUUUAAAGUAAU